UAAUUUUGUGUCAGCCAAUUCCGAGUUACAUUAAAAGCGCCGUCAUCCAAUUGAAAAAAAAUAUCCAAAUGAAGACCUUUGAUUGGUCAUUCAUUUUAAACACGAUGACAAAUUAGCCAAUCAGUGAUGAUGUUGUUGGUCGUUGUCAGCAACAAAACCACACUGUUUACCAAUCAGGAACUAGCGUGUGUCUGCUAGUGCAGCCAGUCAAAGCAUUGUUUUAAAGCUAAAAAAUGAUAUACUAAACCGUUUAUUUGUGAUUUUAUAAAUUUGUUUACACACGUGGUGCUAUCUUUGCGUGUAUUUUAUGUCGGCAUGAAUCUCGGAGAUGGCCUGCUGUUUGAACUAGAAAAAGGAAAACCCAAGUUGAUUUUACUCAGUCAUGGUGAGAAAUAUCCAGCAAAGCAGCUGUCCAUCAGGCCCAGAGCAGCUAACAUCCUGAGCGCCAAGCAGCCGUCCUGUGUGGAAGAGGUACAUGGAGACGAGCGAACAACCCGGCUGCUGGCGGGGAGGCAGAGGGAGGUCAGGUAUAAAGCAAAGGGAGCAGCUUCCUCCUCGACCCCCACCACCACUGAAGGGAAGAGCACCAGUUUGACAUUAUCUAAGACACAUAACCAUCACAAAGACAGCGUUAAAGUGGAGGCCAAGGUGAAACCAAUCAAACAUGCAGUCAACAACAACGUUGGACCCCAGAGAGCCAACAAGAAAACAGAACAGCCUCCAAACACUGGGAUUCGGGUUGGUGGAAAGUUGGGAUUGAAGAACACUCUUCCCAGUGGAGAUGAAAGACUCAAGGACAUCGUGUGUCUAACCAAUGAGCAGCUGCAACAUUUACUCAACGCUGCUCAGACCCUCAGCAAUGGUCAGCAUGCACCAGAGAACCAGGAGCCACAAGGAAAUGAGACUGAUCUGAAAUGUGCCUCUUCUGUGAAAGAAGGAGAAGAUGGGGAAAUAAAGGAGGAAGGUGGAGGAGGAGAGAAAGGAAUAAAGAAGAGAGGGGGAGGAACAGAUACAACCAGAAGCUCACAAGAAAAAGACAAUGGGGUGCCUGCAUGUCUGUUCAGCUGGCUGGAGGACCGACAGUCAGACAGUAAGGCUGCCAUCGACGCCAGGAAGGUUCAGUGGAGGAGAGAGCUUGAUGAGCAGGUGGCCCUAAAGCAGCAGCAGCAGCAGCGUUUGGCUCCAGACAGGCUGCAGGCUGAGGAGUAUGCAGAGAGUGUGUUAUCUGUCCAGAGCUCUGUCAGCCUCAGAGAGCUACCUGCAGCCAUCAGAUCCAGCCUCAGACUCGGGGAGAUCACCCCGAUGGAGGAUGUGUUGAGUGUUGAGAGGAGGGAGGAGCAGAGGAGACGCUGGCUGGAGGAGCUGGACCACCAGAAAGAGGAGGCGUCUGAACGCAGGAAACGAGAGAAACUGCUGCAGAACCAGACGGAGGAUCACGAGCGCUGGGCCACACACUUUGACUCGCUGCAGAGGAGGCCUCUCGUUCAGGCUCCAACUCCAUCCGCCCUUCCUCCAGUUCAGCUCAGUGGCUCUGAGCGAGGAGAGUGGGAGCCCUCGUCCAGCUUGUCUCUGGUCUGGGAGGCAACAAGUAGCUGUGGAGCAGAAAGUGUCAUUGGAGCCAGUGUGGAUUCAACUGGUGGAUAUCCCAGAACCAGCUAUCUGAGGACGAUGACCUCCCUGCUUGACCCUGUCCAGAUUGAAGAGAGAGAGAGGAGGAGGCUCAAACAGCUGGAGCAGCAGAAAGUGAUUGAAGCCCAGAUGGAGGAGCGCAGGAAACAAAGAGAGCAAGAGGAGGCGAAGAGGAGACGAGAGGAAGAGGAGGAAGAGAGGAGGGUGGCACUGGAAAGGGAGAUGCUGCAGAGACAAUAUAAGCUAGAAACCCUGAAGAUGAAGCAGGUGCAGGCGGUCCAUCAGGUAGAGCCGCCAGAGAACGGCCACAAUGACAAAAACCUUCAGGAAACAUUUGAGUCCAGCAAGGUUAUUACACAAUCCAAGGAUGUGGAGGAUGCUAACCGUUCAGCCUCCUUGUUCAAAAACACUGCCGUCCAGACAGAAGCUGCUCCUCUUCUCCCACUGAAAGCUGAUGAAGUUCAGAUUCCUGACGUCGGUGCUCAGCAUCACCCGUCUCCCUCUCCGUCUGUUGCUCCUUCAAACAGCAGGAGCAGAGGGAGAACGGGGAAGGAAAACAUGUGUCUGCCAGCAGGAGACCCGUAUGAACCGUUUGUAAGGACAGAGAGGAGCAGGAGAGACAAGAGGAGGCCAGAGUGGAACACUCAGAGGCCCAGCCGUCGGUUUGUUCCCGCCUCGGAGCGUUACCCAGUCGCCAUGCAGAAGGACAGACAGGAGAGUCGCCUGAAGAGGCAGGCUGAGCUCCUCGCUCUGCAGGAGCGAACCUGUCUGUCCAGAACCGAACCUUCUGCCGCUCAGCACCAGGAGCUCCAUCUCUGUCCCAGUACUCAGCAGACCAGAACCAGUCCCGCCAAGAAGGUGGAAACUGGCAACAAAGGAAACAACAUCUCCACAACCAUCAACACUGACAGAGGGCGCUCUCCUGCUGUCCCUGCAGUCAGACACAAAGUUCAGAGUCAGCAGGUCUCCACCACUCUUCAUCCUUUACCUCCAGUCCUGGAGUUCAUUCCCUACGUACGGACUGAUGAAGUCUUCCACCUGGAUCCACUGGAGCCUGCUGACACACCUCCACCCCACACACACUCAGGAGCUCCUCCUACGAGUUCAGCAUCUCCUCCUGCACAUCGAGACCCGCUCCUCCACCCAGAGCUGCUACGCAACACACACACACAGCGACAGCAGGAGAUCCUGAGAGGCUUGGCUCAGCUGCGGCAGGGUUUGUUACAGAAGCAGAAGGAGCUGGAGACAGAUCUGAACCCACUACUGAACCACCACGGCAACGAGCAGCGGUUGCCCUCAACAACACACCGCAUGUGACCUCCAACACAUGACGACGCUUCACAGCUGUUUUUAUGCACUAAUAAUGAGUGUAUUCCUGAAAACCUUCUUGUUCAGGAAGCUUUGGAGCACAGGAAUGGGACAAUCGGUGUGCCAAAACUGGUUUUAUUCAUGUCACACCGAAAUAUUAACAAAAUGCAGCCAUCAAGUUUAGCAAAUCAGAAUGUUACCAAUAAUCCGGAGCUGGUGGUUCCCACCUUUCCUGAGUCUAAAAUGCAGUUUGACGACAGCAGAGAAGUUUUUUCAGCUUAAACCAAGCUGUUACCUUUAUGCUACAAGUCUCCUCCGUCAGAGGGAAGAUGAGGCAUCACAACUUCCUUCUGUGGUAAAGAAGCAGGAGGAAGUGGUGAGGCUUUAGCCCUUCAUGCCACAUGUUUAACCAUGGUUACUACUGCAAAUGAUGUCACCAGCUCAGCGAGGUAGCGCCCUUCUCCCAACAUUUUCCAGCUCGGUAUUUAACAGUGAAAGCAGAUUGUGACGGGAGCUGCAUGAAAGGAGUAAAAUCCAUUUUUAUUCUGUCACGUUUUGGAAGUUAAGGCAACAGUACAUACUCAGAAAUCAGUGAACCCGCCAUCAGUACAGACAUUAGUUGCUACCAUGCGUCUCCACCAACUCAUGCAGGACUCAGACUUAGUUUCUGCUUUUCACUCAACCUGAAUAUUCAAAUCAUGGAUGUCAGAAUUAACAAUCAUAAAACAAAUCAUAUCCGCUUGCUACCACUGAUGUCUCUCCACCUCCACUCCCAGCAUCCACCAGCUCCAUCAGUUGCACAUCCCAGUUUGUUUACAGGAGAAAAGGGAAGUGGAGUGGAGUUCUACCUCACUUACUGCAAAAUACUGCCAUCUUUCCUGCCACGGCAGGCGAGUUUCUCCUGCUGCCCUCUGAAUCUGGACGAGCACCUUUAUGCAAGGAUGUUAUAAUUAUAGUUUGUUUUUAUGCUCUUUCUAUUAAAAUUACUUUGGAUGAGACAGCUAAUAAGAUUUUAAAAUUUAUUCUACAGAAAAUCUGUUGACUUGAUUAAAUCAUGAGUGAACCUGUGUUCUGUUGUUGUAUAAAGCAUGUUUUUUAAUGUUUUUUUAUUUAUAGUAAAUGUAAUAAAUUAAUGAUUUCACUCCAUGAAAGAUGUGUACG